CGUUCAGAAAAUUUAGAAAACGACAUCUGAAAUUAAUAAUAAAAAAUAAAAAUCAAAAACAUUUUGUUUGAUCACGCGCUAUCUCUUUCACUUUACCGACCUUUUUUUUGAUAUCCUCCACUUUCUUCUCUUUGUCUCCAACUAUAAAAUCUCGAGUUUCCUUUCUUCCCGAUUCUGCACCCAUAAUCUCACGCUAAUUACAACAUUUGCCACUCAUUAAAACCGUACCAUCUAAACCAAAAAGCGGUAAACCGUACCGGUUGUUGUAAAGCUAUGGUCAUGGAGGAGAGGCUCACUAGGACUGACUCGGUCGGGAAGAAACGAGUCAGAGAAGAUGAGUUAGGCCUUGAUGACUCGCCGGAUGUGAAGCGGUUGAGAGACGAUUUGUUCAAUGACUCGGAGAACGACCCAGCGGUUCAAGAUCUUGACUCAGUCAUGAAGAGCUUCGAAGAUGAGUUGUCGAACACCACGACGACGGUGCAGCAAGGCUCUGCCGAGACUCAACCGGAUCUUGGUUAUCUUUUUGAAGCUUCUGACGAUGAGCUGGGUUUACCUCCACCGCCUCUGCAACCGCCGACGCUUUGUACGGAGGAGACGGUGACGGAGUUGCUACGGGCUUCGUCUGAUUCAUCUGAGCUCGGCGAGUUAUCUGGGUUUGAAAUUGAGGAUCAUGUUACUACGGAUUUUGGAACUUGCGAUCUUGGUGAUGGGCUUUUCGAAUAUUCCGAUGUUUGUUUGGAUUCCGGCGAUCUGUUUUCAUGGCGGCCGGAGUUUUUACCGGCGGAGUAAUUCUGGAGUUUUUUUAUUUAUAAAAAGCAUGUCACGAAACGGUGGCGUUUACCUCGCUUUUUUUUUUUCUUUUUUUCUUUGCUCUCUAUCUAUCAUGUAUUUAGGGAUCUGAUAUGUUUUGUUAAGUUAUUAGGAUUAGAAAAAUCAGAUGUUUAGUAGAGGAAAAUGGCUUAGAUUAGUUUAUAUAAGUAUCAAUAUGUUUAUUUACUCCCUUUUUCAAGGAUUUGUUCAUAUUUAGUGGACAUCUUCAUGCUUUGUUUAGCUGUUGUUUAAUUUUAAAAAUCUUAUUAUCCCA